GAUCUCUCCGGAGAGGGGUCGGAGAUAUCACCAAAGGAGGAUCCAAUGGUCUCUGUAAAGGAAAACGAUAAACGAUCCCAGCCAUUUGAUGAUACGAGCAAUACGUCAUCAAUUCAUUUACAUGACAUUGAAAUGACAAAUGUGGAUGAGAACAGGGGGGUCAGGAGUGAGGAUGAUACGAUGGAAGGAGGUGAUACCGAUCGUUCAAUUGAUCAGCCGUCUGCAAUGGAGGAUCCUUUUGACCAACUGCGACAUGCAAGUAACGACGAAGAACCUACCGUUGAUGAUGACGAGGAACGCAACAAACAAACAGAGAUUCCUGCUGAAAACACUACAACUACAGCUGAACGAGAUAACAACGAUUGCGACAACGUUAUUGUCCCUGCUGCUGUUGAUAAUUAUGAUGAAUUCAAACAGGUAGAAGAAAAAGGAGAAAAAGAAAUCGUAAAGGACUCAGAACAAACUAGACAAAGUAUUGCCUCUGGUGUUACUGCAUCAACUGCUUGUGAAGAGGCAACAAGUAGUAGCAUUGUGGUAACGACAAACGAAGAGAACAUUUACCAAGAACCAUUAAUCCAAGAUGAUUUACAGGGAGGGGAGAAUGAGCACAUUUGUCUCCUACCGGAUGACGAGAGAGCCAUUUCGAACGAGCAACAACAACGUGCCAUUCAACACGUGGAACAUGAACCCACUAUGACCGAAUGCGAAAAAAAUGACACAGCACCAACCUCUUCUAGCACCAUUACCGCAAAUGAAGAACCGGGCGGACAAGAAGGAGAAACAGAAGAGGAAGAUGAAGAAGAAGAUGCAGAUAAUGAAAAAGAAACUGAACGACAACAAAUUCACCAAACCACCGCCGCAGAGGUAGUUGAUGAUAUUCCAACGAAAAACCGUGUACGGGAACAUGAUGUUGCAACAGAAGCGGAAUCAAACUCGUCGUCAAAGCAAGUGAAAAAUUCAUCAAGUAUGGCUACGACCGAAGUAUCGUUUCCGUCAUGUUCUAAAGAUAAUCAAAUCCGUGAACUAGCUUCGUUGGUCGAAUCGGAAACAUGCUUCCAAUGCAACAAGACACAAACUCCCUGUCUAUACACGCUAAUGUGUGAUAACAGCACCAACAAUGAUGGUAUUCCUGCCGCCAGUGCACAGCAGCCAAUGCAGCAACACUACAUCUGCUCGUUUGAUUGUGUCCAAACCAUGCGCACCGAAAAUCCCGGAAAAUUUGAACUUAUCCAGCGAAAAGUAACGAUUGUUCCCAUUUUCGAAUCCCAAGAAUCGUGUGUCCGCUGUGGCGAGCUAACUAUGUGCAAAUUUCGAUAUAGACAGGAACAAGGUAACUACGAUUAUUUGUGUGAUAGCAAAUGUGUUGAGCAUCUGACUGCAAUUAAUCGUGACAAGUACAGUUUAGUGAGGAAGCGAUAUACUAUCGUCGAAAGCGCCACGUUAUCACCGAACGAUGUUACAGAUAAACGCUGCAUACAAUGUGGUGACACGAAACCGUGCCAGUACGCGUUCAAUCAGGGCGAUGAUGGCGAACAGCAACUAAGCGUUUGUGCCGACUGUCUUGCCCUUUUUAUGACUGAACAUCCCGACCUCUUUCGAUUGCAUCGCCGUCGAUCCGUACGGGUUCGCAAUUUUCCCAAGGAUAGUGCUUCGACAACAACGCUGGCCAGCACCACCACUUCAGCAUCGUCCGGUGACGUCGAACGCAAGUUUACUGCCCGUACGGAAGAAGAAGCAGAAGCAGCACGGAUCGAACGUGAAGCUUCUUUUUUGCGGCGGUGCCACGAAUGUCACAAACCGCUGCAGAUUCUCUCCAAACGUUGGCUACAGUGGGAAACGAUGGAAUUUUGCGAUGAAAAAUGUCUUGGAACCUACCAAACUGCAAAUGGAUCACACUGCGUGCAAUGCCGGCACCUCGUAUCCGUGAACAGUAUGGGCAAGUUUUGCGUACGUUUCGGGGUUAAUAUUUGCCAAUUUUGUAGCGCCAGUUGUUUGGAAAAGUACAAAAAAAUACUGAAAUCUUGCUCCUACUGUCUGGAGAACAUUUCUCCGCGCGAUAAGGGAUACGAACUGCGAGUGGGCCGCGUUGGUGAAUUGGGCGUGUUGAAAGAUUUUUGCAGUGCGCUCUGCCACCAAACUUAUCAGUCCUGUCUUAACCCGACGCUUAAGUACAAGCGUCGCAUAUGCGCGGUGUGUAACCACGAAAAAAUGACCGCCGUGGUAGUUCAUCUAGAAGGACGUCCACACUACUUUUGCAGUACACCCUGUUUUUCUGCGUUCAAGUUUGUCAACAAUGUAAACCCGGACGAGUGUGCCAUGUGUGGCGAUUUCUUCGAGAGAAAAUCGCUCGAAGCGUACACUAUUUACCAACAGGGAGAGUCAGCCCAACUAGAACCGCUUGCUUUUUGCACGAAAAUGUGCUUAAAUCUGUAUAUUUCCACCAGUCGGCAAAUUGUUCCGUGCAAUUGGUGCAAAGUGAAAAAAUACACUUUUGACAUGAUUUUACGUCCCUCUUCGAUGCUGAGACAUUGCUCGCUACAUUGUCUAACACUUUGUGAAGUGUCUUGCAGCGUAAAGUUGUUGUCCUGCAACCACUGCAACCAAGUUAGGACUCCUCAGUACGAGCUGAACAUGACAGAUUCAAGCUUGCGCAUGUUUUGUACCUACCAGUGUCUGAUGAAGUUUCAAAGCCAGUUUAACAAUAAAUCGAAGUCAACUCCUCUAUCCUCUGGAGAAUCGGCCACGACCGGUGCUGCUCCGGUCCCCAUGGGCAUUCCAAAACGCAUUCCCAGGGCUACGACCACGGCCACUAUAACUGCUGUAGCCACUAACGCGUCAGCUCCUCUACCCAAUGCUCUGAGAACCGAGAGCGUAACUGAUGCUGGUGGUGGCGGCGUAUCACUAACGACUGCUUCCAACAAUGCUGCACUUCCACCCAAUUCACCCCGGCUUAGAGGACGCCCACCCAAAACUACCACCGUAGCCGCCGCCACCGUCAGCAACACAGGUACCGGAUCCAACUUGCCGGUUAUUGCUUCAGUUCAUUCAUUAGCUGCUGCAGUAGGCAGUCGUGGGACACGUGCCGCAACCAUGCGCAGCUCAGCAGCCAGCUUAAAUCAGAAAAAUUGGCCAGAACUUCGCGUAGCGCUGGAGCCUCUACCUAAUAUACCCGCAUCGGGGAGGAUUUUGCUUAGCAGUAUUCUUCCACCACCGCCGCCACCAACGCAAAGUGCUUCUCCAGUUAGCCGUAGUGAAGCUCCAGCUCUGGCCCCUCUAUCUUGCUCUUCCAUUGCUACCAACCCUGCUAGCUCACCCCCUCCACCGCCGGUGAAAGUAGAAACGCACACGCAGAUUGUGACCAUACCACCGACGCCGGUGCAGGUAGCAAAUGCGUCUACUAUGUGCAAACCGAUGCAACUAACCAAGAGUGUAUCAUGCCGACCGAUCCAAUGCAACGUGGAGUGCCAAACGGAAAAUUGGCUGCAGCGCAAGUUAGUCAUUCCGAUUCCAGUGCCGAUCUACGUACCGGUACCAAUGUUUAUGUACUCUAUGCCGACGCCUGUACCGGUGCCCAUUCCGCUUCCGAUUCCCGUACCAGUGUUUAUUCCGACAACACGCAACUCUUCGGCCGGUAUUAUGAAAGAGAUAAAAAAAAUACAGGACAAAAUGCCUUCCGAUCCAUACGAAGCGGAACUACUUAUGAUGGCCGAGAUGGUAGCAGGAGAUAAGAAAAAGGAACAAAGCGACUCCGACUCCGACGAUCCUGGAGCGGGAAUAGACGAACAGCACCAAUACGCCGCCACCGGUACAAGAAGCCGCGAGGGGGCGGCGGUUGUGGUGGUUGGCGCCGAUGGUAUGCAAUCCAACGCUUCGUUUAGUCAAGAUCUAGUGCAGAUGGCGCUCAAGAUGGCUUCAAAUGAUUUCACCGAAUCUCAAGUCGAUCUCGAGUCGGCUAUGCAAGCCAACACAAUAUCUCAGCAGCAACAGCAUCAUGUUUAUACAGAUCUGCAGCAACAGCAACACCAUCAUAUGCAGCAGCAACAUCAAUUGCUUCUAUUGGACUCGCAGCCAAGACUAGGUGGUAGUGGUAGUAGUACAGCCGCUGCGCUUGUCCAGCGAGGUCGUAAACGAGGUACCACCAAUGCUAUUGCGGGACAGCGAGGAGUAGGCGUUGUUGCUGGACUCAACAACAACAACCCGCCAUCCAAUAACAUCACAGCUAACAAACGUAUCAAGCGGGAACAAACCAAUGAAGCAGUAGCUUCGCCCUCGGAACCACCGGCUCUAGAGCCAUUGGAAAAACCAGAUGCCAAUAUGUGUCUCAAAUACACGUUUGGGGUGAACGCUUGGAAGCAGUGGGUGCUAACGAAAAAUGCUGAUUUGGAGAAAAGCUCCAUCCGCAGAAAGCCGUUUAAAUCCGAUAUUUUACAGCUAACAGCUGAUGAGUUGAACUAUUCUCUGUGUUUGUUUGUUAACGAAGUACGCAAACCAAACGGCACUGAGUAUGCACCCGAUACAAUCUAUUAUCUUGUGCUAGGAAUCCAACAAUAUUUGUUUGAAAAUUCCAGAGUGGAAAAUAUUUUCACUGAUCCGUACUAUGAACGGUUUACGGAUUGUUUGGAUGAAGUGGCUAAAAAGUUUUCAAUGCUCUACAAUGAUUCUCAGUUCAUCGUCACGAGAGUAGAAGAGGAGCAUCUCUGGGAAUGCAAACAACUGGGAGCACAUUCACCACAUGUUUUGCUAAGUACGCUAAUGUUUUUCAAUACAAAACACUUCAAUUUGGUUUCUGUCGAAGAACACAUGGAACUUAGCUUUUCGCACAUAAUGAAACAUUGGAAAAGAACACCUCCGCAGGGAUCCAAAGCCACGGCGACAAGAAAUGUAUUGUUACGUUUCUAUCCACCGCAAUCAUCACUCGCUGCUAAUGCACGGAAGAAAAAAGUCUAUGAGCAAUUGGAAAAUGAAGAGGAUCCGUUACGAUGUCCGGUAAAACUUUACGAGUUUUAUCUUUCCAAGUGCCCGGAAAGUGUAAAAACACGCAAUGAUGUGUUUUAUUUACAACCAGAACGCUCAUGCGUUCCAGAUUCUCCUGUUUGGUACUCUACGCAGCCGCUGAGCAAGGAAUCGCUCACCAAAAUGUUACAUCGAGUAAAAAUGGUGAAAGAAAUUAACAUCGCCCUGCUUACUAGCUAAUGAAGCGGAAUGUGUAGCGAAAUAUAAAAUUCAUUUUUUGUUUAGUGUAAGAUUAUCAGUGCUCCUCUGCAAUGCAAUGAUUUCCAGUGCAGCAUGCACAAGGUGUGCGAGCGUUAUCAAAAAUAAAUCAUUGUUUAGUAUUGAAAAAUGAAAAAGGUUUU